AAGAAAAACAAGACAAGACGACGAAGUAAGCAUGUCCCGCGCAAUCUGCGCACGCCGGUUCUGAAACAUCAAGGCCAAUAGACGAGGAAGAGAAGAAGAAGAGUAAGAAGUCCUGGAACGCAGCGGUCUAGGAGCUCUAUUCAUAGUGAACCAUAUCAUUAAGCAUUGUCACGAUGGAAGGGUCACAUUCAGAUGCUACGUCUGUGUCAGAAAGACCGCAUAUCGUCCGCGCGGACUCCAAGCGCUCCAACCUGAAGACCGACGGCAGGAGAAGCUGGAGCAACUACGUUUCUCGUCUUGAAAGGGAGAACAUCCCCUCUUGUUCCUGCUGGAUUCUAAUGUUCACCUGCAUCGGUGUUUUCUCCACCUUGCUGAUUCUCUACGCCAGGAAAGUUUGCAUGCUGGUCUUCCUCGUAUCCGUCGCGUUCCUUACAAUCUUCGUCAUAUUCUUCGAGCCUCCGGACGGGAAACUUCGACGAGACGCCCUCCACAACUUGCUCUUCGGCGCCUGCAACAAGACCGGCAUGAUGGGAGAACGAGCCGACAAAGAGGGACUCAAGCUGAGAGGGAAACAGACCUCCAGAAACCCUUUGCGAAGGGGCAGCAUGAUGUACGAGCGGUACGAAGAAGUCCGUAUCCCUUUGCCCGUCACGGGGCCUGUUGAAGGGCCGCCCAAGAAGAAGACAUUCUUUAGGGCGUUCUGGAAGAGUGUCUCACAGAGGAGGCUCCAAGCUAACCAGUACUACAUGACUAUUACGGAGGCAAGUACCGAAGAAGCCCCUACGACUUCUCAGGUCCAAGCCUCCCCAGGCCGUACUCUCGAAGAAAUAGCAAUGAUUGCAAAGAGGAAGAUAAUGUUCAGAACUCAAGAGCAGCACUCUGAGGAAAAAUCGGAUAGCACUUAUAAACCUAAGAAGGCAGCACCUAAAUGUUUGAAGAAGAGUAUCGGCGACAUUGACCUGACACGAUCCAGGAUGGACCGAACUUUGCCAUCGUAUACGCCCACUCCAGUUUUUAGUGCAGGGCUGAAACCACUGAAGACUGCAAUCAAAGAACCUACAGUCGCGCGGCUGGGCUCCAAGGUGAGGGGGUUGGAAAACCCUACCGUAAAGGUAUAUAACAUAAAUGAAGAAGGCAGUCCAAGAUAUACGACAACGGUAACUGGUUCCGAGGAAUUUUGGAGGGUGGCCUGUUCGGCGUUGGACGCUCCAGACUCGCAGGACGGCCCACGAGAAAUACUGAAGGUUCCCAGGCCGGAGACCCCGGACCACAGCAGUCUCCGGCAAUAUCACUCUUUGUGUGAGCUUGAAGAAAACCAGUCCCAAAAAAGCAGGACGUACCUUGUACGACAAGGAAAACGUUUUCGAAAGGUAUACCACGUCUGGAGCAUAUGAAAGCCAAGGAAACUGAUCUCUGAGACCACAUAUUAGAGAAGCAAAGACCUGCAGAAAUAUCGCUUAAAUACGGAUGAAUAAAUAUAUUUCGGCCAACGCUGUAACGUUUCUCUUCGUGCUAUUCUGCACCAAUAUACAGUCAAAUAUCAGUGCAUGCCUUUUGUGAUGUGUACACCGAGAACUUUCUAUAGUCGUGUUCAACUUAAGAAGGAAAAAGAAAUCUAGUCCUGGAACCACAUUCGCCGUUGAAGCCACAAAAAACGCUACACGCGGUAGUUUAGCAGAC